GGACGUGUGACACUGCCAGGGCACUAAGAGUAGGACACAGAGCACCAAGCACUGCUCAGCCCUGUGUGGGCCACAUGAGCGGCCGUCGUGAUGUUCAGAAACCCUAUGCGUUUCUCCCACGCUUGCCGGAGGCUGCAGCACUUCCGGGCUUCGAGCAGAAGUAUCCGAAUGUCGGGCGGAUUUGGUUCGCUGAUGCUGAAGAACUGGAACGAAGGAGCUGGUCGUUUUCUGGUCUAGACCAAUUCCGCGAUGUGCUCAGCCCGAGGCUCCCCCCCGCUCGGCAGAAACUGCUGGAGCGCGCAGCUCAACAGGCGGCCGAGGCAACUGAGGUGCAACCGGCAGGACGCGCACCGUCGUCACCGUCUUCCACCGGCGCCGAGCAGGUCUUGGACUUCCUCAGCGCGUGGCUGCAGAACGGCCGCGAAGAUCUCUGCCAAGAGUUCGAGCGCCAACUGAAGGAGUCCUACACCUGGCCCCCCGCCGAACGGAGGAAAAUGGUGGAAGUGCAUCGGCAGAAGUGGAAAGCCUUAGAGGCUGCUCUGUUGCAGCUCAUGGAGGCUAUGCGGCGGUCAGAGGUGCCCAGUAAUAAGGCGGAGGCCACCAUGAGCCGAUUGAGACCAGCCCGGCACGCAGCUCUCAAAGUGCAAGUGAAAACCCUGCGGCAAGUGAAGCAGCAGCUUUGGCCGGACCCCGGUGCCCGAGAUCCCGUCCAUGGAGUCCCCACCGAUGCGGAGGUGGAUGCUUGGCUGGAUCCUCCUGCAGAUCUUCCUCCAAAACUGCUGGAAGCACCCAGCUCCGAUGAGGAGCCCAGCCAGAGGGUGGAGAUGGAAACGCAGACUCCUGCGGACAUCGCUGUGGAUGCAGUCCCCUUGUCGUUGUCCGAGAGGCCUUUCCCACAAGGCCUUCCAUCUAAGAUGGAGAUGCUGGAUGUGCCGAUGCCGGAGGAGGUCCCUGAAGGACUUGACCAUGACUUGGGCGAGGUCUUUGCUGGAAUGGACGCGAAUGAGCGCGCGGCCUUCGCCACCAUUCUGCAGGAACAAGAUGAGCUUGCAGAGCAGAAAGCUGAGUCUGAGCGGGCUUUGAAGCAGCAGGAACUGAAGCUGAAGGAGAAGGACAAAGCCUUUCAGGAUGAGCUACGGCAGAAGGAGAAGGAGCAUCAGGCGAUUCUGCAGUCAGAGCGGGACCGCUUCGCACAGGAGCGGUACCGGCUCCGGACGAAGCUCAUGGGCGAGGAGCUCGCCAUAGAGACGCGAAAGCUGAAAGAUGAGCUCAUCCGACUGAGACGCGUGAGGCCGAUGAGGAAGAACGCACAGAAGGUCCUUUGGUGGACAGAGGAGGAUGUGAACCACGUGAUUGCUGGAAAGCAGUUGGUCAUCCGUCGAGCUGGUGGCGCGACGUCAAAAACAGAAGCCAUGUGUGCCCUGGCGAUUGGCACCGCUCGUGACUGGCUCUUCCGCUCGCGUGAGCUGAUCGAGUCCAAGUCCUUCGCUCCCAACGGCAGCAGCAUUUCGGGCGCCGCCACGAAGGCCGAGCAGAGCGAAGUGAAACUGAAGCUGCACUUCGCCAAGACCACGGAGACCAUCGGCCACUUCAAAGCGGCACAGCAGCGCUCCAUGGAGCAGCUCAGCCCCGAUUCGACGCGGUCGCCCACGUCGAGGUUGCCACGUGUGGAGCAGAUUCAGCAGGGCCUGGGGAUUGAGUUGGAGAUGGCCAAGGGCGCUCGCGAUGCGGUCACUGAGCGGCUGCGAGAUGCGGAGGCAAAGCUGGACCAGCUGGCCGAAGAGGAUCUAGCGGCAGAUUUCUUGACCCGUUGGUCCGAACAGAUCAGCGCGGUCAGCCUCAAGGGCAUGCAGACUCAGCGGCAGACCAAGGACCUGGCCGAGCGGAUUGAGGGCGCCUUGCGAAAGGAGGCAUCGAAGUACCGCUCCGUGGCACAAGCGGCAUACGCGGACAUCGCAGCGGACCGCGCAGCAGAGACAGCCCUGAAGAGGGCCGAAGAGGCACAGAAGCGGCAAGAAGCUCGAGAGGCUGCCAGAAAGAAGGACGUCCAAGAAGCCGUCCGCAGGGAGCAGGACAAGAAAACCAAGGAACAGCAGAAGAUGGUCCCUGUGAAGCUGCGCAUGUCUGGCCUGAGGUCGACUGCCAUCGACGACAAGGGGAAGUUCGGGCAAGUGGCUGAGCAAAAGCUGGCGAAGGCUUUGAACUUGAAGGAGUCACAGGUGCGCGUGACUGGCAUCAAGUAGUUGGUGCUUAGUUGACCCAAAGGGCUCUUGAACUUGUGGGGCUUGGCAGGC